AUGAACCUGACGUUGAGUCUAGGCGUUGAUGGCGGAGGCGCCGCGGCCAAGAAGCGCAAGGUGAGGGACGGCGAUGUCGUCGGCGCCGCCGGUGACGGCGGGGAUUACGGCAGGAUCAUGAGGCUCCUGCAGGCGAGAGACCGCGUGGCGAAGGUGAAGCUCGGAGACCAGUACGGCAACGACGACGACGGGUCUCGCGGCGGCGGCGGCUUGCGGCUGAUGCGGUUGCUGCUGUCUUCGGCUGCCGCCGCGGAGGUCGGGGACGCGCACGCGGCCGCCGUGGCGCUGCGGGAGGUCUCCCGCCACGCGUCCUUCCGCGGCGGCGACCCCGUCCAGCGUGUCGCCGCCCACUUCGCGGACGCGCUGGCAUCGAGGCUCCUUCUAUCGCCGCGGGCUCCGGCGCCGAUCGUGGCUCCGAGGGCGACGCCCGCGGAGCAGUCGUUCCUGGCCUUCACCAUGUUCUACCAGGCGUCCCCGUUCUACCAGUUCGCUCACUUCACGGCCAACCAGGCCAUCCUGGAGGCCUUCGAGGCCGGCGCGCGGCGCAGCCUACACGUCGUCGACUUCGACGUCUCCUUCGGCUUCCAGUGGCCGUCCCUCAUCCAGUCCCUCUCCGACGCCGCCGCCACCACCAGCCCCCAGUCCUCCGACAACAGCGACGCCGAGCCUCAGCCAGCAGCAGCGUUCUACUCCCUGCGCAUCACGGGGUUCGGCACGAGCGCGGACGAGCUGCGGGACACGGAGGCCCGGCUCGCGCGGUUCGCGGCCGGCUGCCCCAACCUGCGGUUCGAGUUCGAGGGCAUCGUGAACAAUAACGGAUCGGCCCUCCAUGGCCUGAAGAACAUCAAGGUCGACCCGGACUCCACGGUGGUCGUCAACCUGGUGUUCCCGGCCGCGACGACGACGACGACCAGCUCGUUGGCGUGCGUCCGCUCCCUGAACCCGUCCCUGGUGUUCUUGAUCGACAAGGACGUCCAAGUCCAAGACAGCGCGAGCCUUCUGCCGCGGUUCGCGGCCAGCCUGCGGUACUACGCGGCCGUGUUCGAGUCGCUCCACGAGUGCCUCCCGGCCGACAGCGCCGAGCGGCUCGCCAUCGAGCGGGACCACCUCGGCGCCGAGAUCGGCCACGCCAUGGCCUCUCUGCAGGGGGACCGUCGUCAACACGGCGGGGAUUGGACGGAGGUGAUGGAGGGCGCUGGGUUCGAGGGCGCGCGGCUGAGCUCCAGGACGGUGAGCCAGGCCAAGCUGCUGCUCAAGAUGAAGAGCGGCGGCUGCGGCGGGUUCCGCGUCAUCGAGUGCGGCGGCGAGGACAAGGCCAUGUCGCUGGGGUGGCGCGACAGGGCUCUCAUCACGGCCACCGCGUGGCGGCCAUGCCGCAAGCAGAACGAUCUCUGA